AUGGCUAGACUCACUAGAAAGAAGACACUUCAACUUGAAAACAAUGGGACUCCAAUAACUAGAACAUUAUCAAUGGAAUCCAUUUCUUCGUUAUUUAAGCGAAAAAGAAAACUAGAUGAUGAUUCAGCUGCAACCAGUGAUGCCGAUGAAACAGCAGAUGAUAAUAUAGAGCAAAAUGAAGAAAAUGAAGGAGAACAUGAUAAUGAUGGACAACCAGUCACCAAAAGAAGAAAGAUCAAAACUAAAGAAGUAGAAGAAUUUGAAGCCAAUGAAAAGAAAUUAGACGAAGAAUUACCUGAAGAAUUACGAAAAUUUAGACCAAAAGGAUUCAAGUUCAAUUUACCACCAACAGAUCGUCCAAUUAGAAUUUAUGCUGAUGGGGUCUUUGAUUUAUUUCAUUUGGGUCAUAUGAAACAAUUGGAACAAGCCAAGAAAUCAUUUCCUAAUGUUGAAUUAGUUUGUGGGAUUCCUUCGGAUAUUGAAACACAUAAACGUAAAGGGUUAACUGUUUUGACUGAUGAGCAAAGAUGUGAAACAUUGACUCAUUGUAAAUGGGUUGAUGAAGUCAUUCCAAAUGCUCCUUGGUGUGUUACCCCUGAAUUUUUACAAGAACAUAAAAUAGAUUAUGUUGCUCAUGAUGAUUUACCAUAUGCUAGUGCCGAUAGUGAUGAUAUCUACAAGCCUAUCAAAGAACAAGGUAAGUUUUUAACCACCCAAAGAACAGAAGGUAUUUCCACUUCUGAUAUAAUUACGAAGAUUGUUCGUGAUUAUGACAAAUACUUGAUGAGAAAUUUUUCCAGAGGUGCAACUAGGAAAGAAUUGAAUGUCAGUUGGUUAAAGAUGAAUGAAUUGGAAUUCAAGAAACAUAUCAAUGAUUUCAGAACAUAUUGGAUGAGAAACAAAACUAAUAUAAAUAAUGUCUCCCGUGAUUUAUACUUUGAAAUUAGAGAGUUCAUGAAGGGAAAGAAAUUGGACCUACAACAAUUGAUCGACACUCAUAGUAUCAACAGUAGUAAUGGAAAUUCCAAUGCGAAUAGUGACGACGAAUCCUCCUCAUCAAAGGUUGGUUCUCCAUUAACUGAAUUUGCAUCCAAGUAUAUUGGAAACAGAAAUAAAGAUUUAAAUGGUAAGAGUAUUUUGAAUAAUUUCAAAGGUUGGAUCAAUCGUGACAACGAUGAUGACGAACAAGAAGAAGAAAUCAAACCUAUUGUUAUAAAACCAAUUAGAAAGACUCGUUCAGGCAGCGCUCCUUCUACACCAGUUAAGAAAGCCAAAAGCGUCAAUUCUUCUCCAAAGAAAACACCAGCUAAGACAUUAGCUAGUGCAAAAAAUACCCCAAAAAAGAAAUAG